CACCCGGCUCCAGAGUCUCGACAGUUUGAUCACAUAUCGAGAGGAGAAAGCUGAAUGGAAGCGCGCUUCGUCUUUUAUUCAGGCUGCUUUGAGUGGGGAGGAAGAGCAGCAACAAGAACAAGAACAGCAGCAACAAGACGAGUACGAAGACUUGACGAGACGAGAGCCGACGACGAUACGAGAGCCGGCUGUCCGUGGUUGCUGUUAUGGAGUUGAUGAUUCUGUUGCUGGAGCUCAUGCUGUUGCUGCCACUGUCGCUGAAGAUAAUGCUGGAGAUGCCGAUGCUGCGGAUGUUGCAGAUGAAGGUGAUCGAAACCAGCAGCAGCACCAGCAGCAUAAGGACUUGCUGUUGAAUUUUGCUGAUGAGAAGUCUUCUUCGUCUUCUUCUUCUUCAUCUUCGUCGUCUUCUUCAACUACUGGUUCUUCUUCUCCUUCUUCCUCUGUACCGAAUACUCCCCGAGCAGAGUUUUCCAUGCAUGACAAGAAACAGGAGCAGCAACAACAGCAACGCGGAGAUGAUACCACUAUUCCCCACACGCGUCCUUCUUUUCCUUCGUCUUCCAAAAGAGGAGGAGGUCAAGAAGAAGGAGAACAUCAACAACCCAAGAGCAAAUUCCGCACAUUUGCAGCCGAAGUCGGGUUUUGCUUCACCAUUGCCAUGACACAAUUUCUCGCAGAAUACAUGAUAUCCGGAUUCGCCAUUGAGUUGCCGAAGAUUAUGAAUAGAUAUACCAGCAGCAGUGGUGUUGGUGGUAGUGGAAUGGCUGCGCCCGGCUCUCUGGGAAUGUUCUGGCCCGCAUCACUGCUCAGUCUCAUCCUCUCUGCGACACUACUCACAUUUGCUCGAAUCAGCGACAUGUACGGCGGAUAUUUACCUUUCAUGUUUGGAGUCGUGUGGUUAGGGAUAUGGUCCCUAUUGGCAGGUUUCUCUCAAACGAGCGUCCUCCUCCUUGACGUCAGCAGAGCGAUGCAAGGAUUGGCGAUUGCAGCAUACAUCCCCUCGACAUUUGCCAUGAUGGGGAGUAUCUAUCCCGAAGGGCCUCGAAAGAAUCUCGUACUGGGCUUAUAUUCGGGUUGUGCGCCUUUGGGGUUUUUCGCAGGUUUCUUGGCGGCUGGUGCGCUGCCGGACGAGGUGCCUGGGUGGUAUUUCUGGAUUGCGGCGAUUUUGGCGUUCGUGACGGCUGUGACGGCGUAUUUGACUGUGCCGCAUGACAGAACGGAUCGGCAACAGCUGGGGCUGAAGAUGGAUUGGAUCGGGGCUUUCUUGAUUACUGCUGGGCUGAUUCUGGUUGCGUACGCUCUUGCGGUGGAACCAUAUGCGAAUCAGUUCGACACUGCUCGGUCGGGUUGGACUUUCCCCAUGGUGUUGGGUCCUCUCAUCACUGGAUUGGCUUGUCUGGGCAUGGCCUUCUGGGUCGAAGGCUGGUAUGCCGCGUGUCCACUCUUACCAUUCGACUUCUUCUCGCCGCGAAGCGUGAAAGCCUUCUCGCUGGCAUGCCUUUGCUUCUACGCCUCAUAUGGUGUCUGGCUCUACGAGUCGGCAUCGUACUUCUCGAGUGCCUCUGCGACUGGCACAGCUCAUGGCAUCGCAGGCUUAAAGCUCGCGGCCUGGUACACACCGACAGCAGUGGGAGGUCUCAUCCUGUGUGUCGUGGGAGGUGCCUUACUGCAUCUCGUCCCAAUACUGGUGUUGCUCGUCAUUUCUGGACUCGCGUGGAUCGGCGCACCUCUCUUGCUUGCAUUGGCUCCCUUGCCACUGCAUUACUGGUCAUUCGUCAUGCCAUCCAUGCUUUGCGCCACCAUUGGCAUCGACCUCACCUUCACGAUAUCAGUGGUGUACCUCUCCUCGGUGUCGCCACUUCGGUAUCAAGGAUUGGCGGGAGCUGUUUCCUCCAUACUGGUCAAUCUCGCCAUGUCGUUCUCGCUCUCUAUCUCGGAGAUUGUGGCUGUCAAGGCCGAGAGUGCCAUUCCCAUCCCACACAACCAGCGGGCCAAUCGAGGCUACAAGUACGCGUUCAUCUACGCCGCUGCAUCUGCUGGGCUGGGCCUGCUCAUCGCAGUGGUGUUUGUGCGCAUUUCGCGCUCGGUGGUGCAAGAGAAGAAAGCUGUCGAUCUCGAAGGUGGUCCACGCCACUCCUCUGAGACACGACCCGGGAUUCCAAUACCUCUUUGGGCUACCCCCCAUGGUCCCUGUGCCCACUGA